ACCGGGACGUCUCGACGGUUUUUGACGCGUUUUUUGUUUGGCGGCUUGUUUGAGUAUUUCUCCGGAAAACAAACACAACAAGAGUUCUGAAUCCAACUGCCGCACGAUGGUACUCUGUGACAGUGAUUUAGAUUCCGCGGGCAUCUUGCAGAAGUGGAGCAAGCUACGGCGUCGCUGCGCCUCGUUCAAGUCAGUCUCUGGCCCGGCGUCGCUCGAUUCGGACACUAACUUCAUCUUGGCCGAGCAUCCGGGUCACUAUCAGAUCAUCAGCACGGCCACCGGCUCACCGGUGCAACCGCGUGCCACUCACGUACACCUUCCCCCGGCGGGCCAUCCCGGAAACAACAACAAUCCGUCACAACCGUCGACGAAACUGCACCACCAUCAUCAUCCGCUGCAGCACGGCCAUCACCACAGCCAACACCAUCAACACCACCACCACCACCAUCGUCAUCAGCAUCCGGCCCAUCGUCAUCUUCAUCCGCAUCAUCCGCACCUCCACCAUCAGCAUCACCAUCAUCCGCUGCAUCACCAUCCGCUCGUGGACUACCCGCUGCCCGGGAGUCAUCUCCUGCAGGACUCACCCGCACCAGGGUACGAUCCGAAAAACUGGGAGCUCCGUCACUCCAGCUCCUCCUCAGCGUCAGCGUCUUCCUCCUCCACCAUCGGGGCACCGCCACCGUUAGCUCCGUUACCUCCGGAUUACUGGCAGCACUACACGCCACACGAACCGAGCGAUGUCAAACUGUGGCGCCUAGGUGCACACCAAACGUACGCCCAUCGGAUCCACGUCAAUCCACCGCAGCGACGUAGUGCGCACAGCAUCGACUGGGAGUACAGCGUCCAUCGGUACGAGAGUAUGUGCGAGCAGCUGCCACCGCCUCGAAUUUUCCGCACCGAAAAACUCCAAUACUACGACGAGCUGGCGGAGGUGAAGGUGAAACCGACGGCGGUUCCGACGGCGGUGGGCAAUGGGGGUCAUCCACAACCACCGUGCGCUACCGAUGGCACCCCACCGGGUGUCAAGGUGGCAAAGGAGAUCAAGCUACCUAGCUUGAAGACGUUCAAGUCGGCCUCGAUGCGUCUUCCCGGGCAAAAGUCAUCGAUACACGAGGUGCAACAGUUGUUGCGCAGCAAGUUCAACCGGAUACACGCCGGUUUGCGUAAGCGGCGAGCGCUUUCGGUGCAGGAGGUGUUCCAGCUUCCGGCCCCGGGAGGACCGGCGCAGGCUACCCCUACGAAGCCGACAUUCUACGUGCCCUCGCCACUGGUUAGCGAACGAACGCCACAUCGAAACCAUCACUCGGUGCCUCGGUUUAGCGAAGAGGAUGAGGGAAAUGGUCGCGUUGGAUCACCGUACGACGGGGACGAGGAUGAAGCUGACCACGCACUGCCACACGAAGAGGAUCUCCCGGGUGAAGACGAUGGUCCGGUUAGCUUGCCGUACAUUAGCGAAACGAUGCUGGUCACUGAACCGGUCACGGCGGGCAAAGUAAACCUACGUCGGGCCGAUCACUGCCCAAGUCCGCGCAAGGAGCGUACGAAAACCUGGUACCGCAGCAUCGACUUCAACGGCGCGCUGCAGAAGCUGGACGUGCAACGAAACUCCCCGGACACACCAAAGAAGCCGCCCGAACCGGAACCGGCGACGACGCCCUCGAAGCCGACGAAACAACCGGACGGUGGUGGAGUGCUGAAGCCGAACUUUUCCAUCGGCGGACGGGUCAGUUUGCGCGAGCGCGUGGAAAACAUGAACCUCAGCCGGCUGCGUCCGUCGAAGGGCGGGGAUCGGGGUAGCCCGACACCGAGCACACCGGUGGCGGUGGUGAAGAAGGUUUCCGACGGCCGCAAGAUACGUCCCCGUAGCCACUCGCCGCUGAAGAACAUCAAGAUUAACCUGAUGCCGGUGAAAAAAGGCGCCGCCGCCACGAACUCCCAAGCGAACGACAAACCGACGAAACGGGAAUCGAUCGGUCUGUUCGGGCGCAUCAAUCGUAUGAUGCAUCAGCAUGGGCUCGUCGGUGGGUCUGGGGAGAAGGUCGGCGGCACCACCACCGACAGUAGUAGUAGCAGCCCACGGAAGACAAGCAACGGUAAAUCACCGGCAACGGGCACACCCAAAAAUGGCACCGAGGAAGUUACCGGCACCCCGUCGACAGCGGUUAAGGGCAUCGGCACCGGCGUUGGCGUCAGUACCAUCGGUGGGAACGUAAGCAAGCAGUCGACGAUACAGAAGCUGACGCAGCUCAGCAGCUGCAAUCGGCGGGAGCAGCAGUUGCAACAGUCCAAGACGGAAACCGCCCCGGAACGUGACCGGAAAUCCAAACAGAUUUCCGAUUCAUCCUUGAGCAAUGGACAUACCAAAUCGAACGGCAGUAUCACCUUUGCGGACACCAGCGGCAAAUUGUGCUUGAUAAACCCGCCCGAGGAGGACGAGGCAGAAGAUGACGAGGACAGCAUCGAGGAGAGUAAAUUCUGCACCCUUCCCCGCCACGGACCGAACGCAUUUACCAUCCGACAGGCUCGCUUUUCGAAAGGAAACGGAGCAAAAGUGCUCGGAUUUUCCAUUGUCGGCGGUAAGGAUUCGCCCAGGGGCUCGAUGGGUAUCUACGUGAAGACGAUCUACCCGAAUGGGCAGGCGGCCGAGAAGGGGUCACUGCAUGCCGGUGACGAGAUACUGUCGGUCAACGGGACAGCAUUCCAGGGCCUCUCGCACCAGGAGGCGAUCAACGUGUUCAAGGGGAUCAAGGCGGGCGAGGUGGUGAUUCUGAUCGGGCGGCGCAACAAUCGUCGCAAGCUGGAAACGCCCUCACCGACCGAUUCCGGCAAUGGCACCGCGCCAUCGUCCUCUCCGACCAACACUAUCACGUGCAAUGAUGAUUGACCUUUCACCGGGCAGGAAAACCCCAGUCCACAUAUUGAACAUAUGAGAACGCAGUGUGCUACCAAGGAAAAAAUAAAUAGAUGUAAGGAACCAAACAGCAAUCUUAGGACCACACACGUUAAGUAGGAUUUUGGGACACUAAUCCCCUAACAUUGCUUAGAGUAGAGGCAGCUUCGCUAUUUCGUCAGUACUUCAGAGCUUGCACAUGUUAAUGUACAUAAAAGAAAGUGCUCUUUAACGAAAUAUUUAAUAUUUUACCAUAUACCAAAGGGAUCAAUAUCAAAAAUGUAUAAAAAAAAGCGCGAAACAGAGAAUGACCGAAAAAGGGGCCUGCUGAGAAAACGGAUUAUAUUCAUCGUCGAACCAACCAAACGUGUAUAAAAUCAGUCAUUCUAAAGAUAUCUUUUCUAAUCAUGUAUCAUUCUUUAAUGUUUGUAUUCGAAAGGAAAAAUAUAUAUAUUUACAUUAAU